AAGUGCAAACCUGCCCCUCCCACUCCGGCCACGGCAGACUUGAAAACCAACAGUAAAUUUCACGACAAGUCGAUUAAGUGUAUCCUUUCUGCAACUUUUGCUGCUUUUUCGCCGUCGUUUCCACCAACAUGUAACCCUGCACUGCUUAACGUGGCGUCGACUCUGUGCUACACGCCCCGUGGAGUCUAAAUGCAAGACUUCUGAGAAGAUGGACGUGUGAGUAACUCAAAAGAUCGAGGAGCGCCGUCACCCACACAGCUCAGUAGCAGGAGGCGGUGAGGAGGACAGUCCAGUCUGCAAAAGUGGUGCCAUGAUUGCGGAGGCAGAGGGGAAAGGAUCCCCGCCUGCAGAGGCGAACAAAACCGAGUCUGCGGCGGUGGGGGUUAUGUCUUGUAAUGCUCAGCGGGUUCAAAGUGGGACCCCGACACAGCCCCCUGCCUCCAGCACCACUGAGGAGGAGGAGGAAAGUGAAGACGAGUUUGACAUUCUGGAGGAUAGUCCCUGUGGCCGUUGGCAGAAGCGCAGAGAGGAGGUGAAUCAGCGGAACGUUCCUGGGAUCGACACGGCAUACUUGGCCAUGGAUACAGAGGAAGGGGUGGAAGUUGUGUGGAAUGAAGUCAUGUUCUCAGAGAGGAAGAACUCCAAGCUGCUGGAGGAGAAAGUCAAGACUGUUUUUGAUAACCUGAUGCAUUUGGAGCAUGCAAAUAUCGUCAAGUUCCACAAGUACUGGAUUGACUCUAAGGAGAACCGGGUGAUUUUCAUUACUGAGUACAUGUCAUCUGGAAGUUUGAAGCAGUUUCUGAAGAAGACCAAAAAGAAUCACAAGGCCAUGAAUGAAAAGGCUUGGAAGAGGUGGUGCACGCAGAUCCUGUCAGCUCUCAGUUAUCUCCACUCAUGUGAUCCUCCCAUCAUCCACGGCAACCUGACCUGUGACACCAUCUUCAUCCAACAUAAUGGUCUCAUCAAGAUCGGAUCAGUUGCUCCAGACACCAUCAACACCCACGUGAAGACAUACCAUGAGGAACAGAAGAACUUGCAUUUCUUUGCCCCAGAAUAUGGAGCUGUCACUGACAUGAGCACAGCUGUAGACAUCUACUCAUUCGGCAUGUGUGCCUUGGAGAUGGCUCUUUCGGAGAUCCAGGGAAAUGGGGAGUCUUCGUAUGUGUCCGAGGAUGCGGUCAAUACUGCCAUACAGUUGCUAGAAGACCCUCUACAGAGGGAGCUAAUUCAAAAGUGCCUGGAUUGUGACCCGUGUACGAGACCCACCGCCCGAGAGCUGCUCUUUAAUCAGGCUCUGUUUGAAGUGCCACUACUGAAGCUGCUUGCUGCUCACUGUAUUGUCAGCCAUCAAUACAUAAUCCCAGAAAACGCCCUGGAGGAAAUAACCAAAAACUUGGAUCCUGAGCUCAUUAUCGCUGACAAGAAAGAUGUUCAGCUCAAACUGUCACAGUUUCCCGCCUUGGAACUCGAUAAAUUCCUGGAGGACGUUCGAAACGGGAUUUACCCCCUUAUGGCGUUCGGCCUUUCUUCGCCGAACCAGCCCCCACGGCUGAAUGUUAAAUCUCCUGUUGUCGUUCCUGUGGUCAAGUCUCCUACGCCUGAGCCUGCGGAGCUGGAGACACGGCGGGUCAUUCAAAUGCAGUGCAAUGUUGAACUCAUUGAAGAGGGACCCAAAUAUCAUCUGACAUUGCUGCUAAAGCUGGAGGACAGGCUGAACAGACAUCUAAGCUGUGACAUGUUACCUCAAGAAAAUGUUCACAAUUUGGCUGGAGAAUUGGUGCAACUGGGCUUCAUCUGUGAGAUGGACCAAACCAAAAUAGCCUCACUCCUUCAAGAAAGCUUGCGUCAAGCUCUUAACUAGCACUAGGUGCUCCACACAAGUCUGUUACAUUUUCCCUUUAAAAGCACUCAAAAUGCUGGAUUCUUAAAAUUGAAUGUGACCAAAAAACCCAACAGUGUACGUUUCUGUUACAUCAGGGAUGAACUUCACAAGUGCAUUUGGAUGAUACCAAAUGAGCGAGGCUGUGCCUUUCUGCGUCGGCAAUUGACGUUAUCCAUGCCGUUGAUUGAUUCUCAUUGGUCAAUUUUGCUUUGACAGCGCAUUACCAGCUCUUUCUUCAUCCUGUCAGGUUCAAUGUUAAGUAUUAGUCUCACAACUGUAGGUGGAAAGCAACACAUGUAAAUGGCUGAAUGCUCAGUUGGUUAGCAAGCCUUUGGAACAAGAGCCCCUUUCCUGUUUUUGUGCGCGCGCGUGUGUGUGCUGACAAUCUUGUAUCUGCAAACUGUUACUGUGAGGGGCUGUGAACUCAGUGUUACGGUUUUUUUCUCUUGUUCUUUAUUUUUAUAUGUUGUUCCACUUUAAAAACCUCUCAUCUCACUUUGCAUCUUUUUGUCUUAUUCGUUGUUUUUACCGACAGUACUUAUUGGCUGUGCCUUUUACACUGAUGCCAUAUACGGAUGUUUCAAAAGCCUUUUCCUUAACAUACAGCCGUUUUCAGGAGAGAGUUUCACGCUUUUUAUUUAUGUUGCAUUGUGUGUGUGACGUGUGUUCCUCUUUUUCAUAGUAUGCUUUCACACCAUCAUGGUAGGUAUCUGAGCCACUUGGAAAACUUUUGCCCAUAUUUUCAUUUCAUGGCAGAGCCACUUGAGUUGAAUGAGAAUUUGAUCCCUUUGUUGCCCCAGAUGUUUUUUUUGUUUUUUUUUGACAAUGUGCCUUGCACUUUGUAUCUCUGCACAGUCUCAUGACAGGAAUCAAGAACACAGAAAACAGUAUUAAUGAUCUCAACAACCCCCCCUCACACACACACACACACACAAUCGGUUAUAAAUUAUGUUGCAGAGCCAAUUGCACAAUAAUGUUGAAACAAAACUGUAAUGAACUGAAUGUAGUCACACAAAAUGUGCAUUGUGUUAUUUUUAUAAAAAUCCUGUUCUUGUUGAAUUAGCCAUAGUGAACUGAUUGAACAAGACCGCAGACUGUACUGAAAAACCAAGCACGGGGAUAUUUUGCACAUGAGAGUCUAUAUUUGAGUCAGUAGAUGUUGCUUAGAUAGUUACUUUCCAGUGUACAUUCCGAUCUACUUUUAUCGUUAGCAAUAUGGUUCUGUACGAGCAGAACACAGAUAGGCAAAGCACUUUUCAACAUCGCACAAAAGUCUUCAGUCACCAGUGGUACACUUAUGUGAUGACAUCAACUCAAAAUUCAAAAUGACCCCCCCCCCCCCCCCCCCCCCAAAAGAAAUGGAAAAAUGCUUUACUCAUGGAGAUGGAUGGCCCUUAAGAUUUUACUGAGCUGAAGUCUCAUGAUAAAUCCAACUCCCAAGUGUUGCAUAUUCCUCAGAAAUUGUUGGUUGAAUUCCAAACAGUUCGGCCAUUAUAUAUUAUUGGCUUUCAGAGAUUCCAUUGUAGGUGCAAGUGCUCAAUUUGAUGAGCCCGUUCAUAAACACAUAAUUGGAGAAAAACAAGUAAUUCGUGAGUACUUGUAUUCAUGUUACUACAAGUAAUAUUUCUCAGUGUGUAUUGAUGAUGUAAACAUUUUUUUUCUCUCCAAAGGUUAUAUUUGGGUUUUGUUUAUGACAAGAAUGUCACUGUAUUUUCUAAGUGCAUUUUGAUAGAAUGUACAAAUCACGACUGCUUUUGAAUAAAUGUGUGAAAACCUU